AUGUCAGACACAGCCUACUAUGUAUACACACCCAACCCGAUCCUCGCCAUCAUUGGCGUGGGGGUCUACUGCACCCUGACAGCCAUGCACAUAUUCCGAGUUACAUCAACCAAGGCAUGGGACGGCAGCUUCAUGGCGCUGGGCAGUUUCUUUCUCGCAAUGGGCUGCGGCGCACGCAUCAUGUCCUCACACGACAUCCACGACAAAGGCGCCUGGGCCGCCCAGAAAGUGCUUCUCCUCUGGGGCCCGAACAUGCUCAUGUUCACGGUGCACCUGAGCCACGCGGAGUUCGUGAAGGCGCUGCACGCCGAGAAGCACGUCUUCGUGGGACCUCGGAUCGCACGACCGCUCUACUUCGCGCUCAACACCGUGCUCUUCCUGCUCAUGAUGUUCUCCAUCGUCAUGCUAGUGACCACCUCCGACGACGGCAAGAAACCGCUCUACACGACGCUGGUAAAAGCCAGUCUCAUCAUCCAACUGAUCUUCUGGCUCGUGACCUUCGUUGAAAACGCCUGGUUGAGUAUCCGGCUGCGAAGACACCCGACGACCGAGAGUAUCGAGGUGAUUCCGAGCUGGAAGCGGUGGAACCAGCUAUUUGGACUGGCGAUUUCGAUUCUCGCGAUGGGGCAUAAUGUGGUGCAGAUGCAGAUGCUGGGGGAGGCGAAGGGGUUCAUGGCUAGUGCGGAGUGGGCGGCGUAUGCGUUUGAUAUCUACCAGAGUGGGGUGGUGUUGCUGGGAUGGGGCAUUUGGUAUCUGCCUGGGAGGUGCAGGGCUGUUGUGGGCAGGCGGAAGAAAAACUGGGGCGCGAUUCAGGAUGAGGCGGCUUACUCCGGAGUAUCAUCUUACGGAUUCGAGGGGUGUGGCUCGUGA